AUCAUCCCAAGCAGACUGGGUGACCGCACUACAGUGAACCAAAACUAUCUUUCUAAGGAGGAGCUUUCCAACUGAACAAAUACAACCUUCCCCAUGAUGUGCCUCCAGCUCCACUCUUCAUUGCUUCCCAUGCAUACAAAACUCAAAGUGCAGCAACAUCCUAUAGGGCAUACCACCAAACUGUUUUGGCUUUCAACCAGCGAACCAAGCAGGACUGUUCCACAGAACCAGCACUUUCCUUCAGCAAGUCCUUUAAGGACCAAGGCACUUCCACAUUCCAUUGUUGUUGCUGCUACUGCCCCAGCCGAAUCCGGUGACCUUUCUGCCUUUCUCCCAAUGAGUGCUCUGCUUCUAUCGGUAUACUUCAUAGCAAAUUUCAUCGUGCCAGAGUUUCUUACCAAGCAAUACGGAUUUGAUGAACUAAAAGCAGACCAGAAGGUUGAUGAUGUAAAUGCAAAAAAAGAUAAAUAGGCAGGCACACCCAUAGUAGUCUAGGGUUCAAGGCUGAAGAAACAGGAUUACUAAAAUGUGUGAACUGCAUUCAGGAUGAUAAACUUGUCUUUUCGUUGUAUCUUUAGUUUGUAUUCAGAUGAUAAAACCAUCUCCAU